UAGCGACUGACCGCGCGCACGAAAGGCUGGCCCGUUUCGGCGUCUCCUGCUUGCGUUGCCCAACGCUCGCUUCUUCGCCGCCUCCGCCGCCGCGCCGUCCCCUUCCUCCUCCAUCGUCGUCGCUGCCGCCCCGAUUGGCUCGAGUGCCCGGACCACGCGAAUGACUAUCUUAUGUUACAGGUGAUAUUCGUGGGAUUAUUCUGAUUUACAUUCAUGCAUACAGUACCAGAAUGGCCAGUGAAGACUCUAAAGAUAUCCUGAAGAAUGUGGACUGGAAGACUGUGGGUGGCGCAGUGACUACUGAAUCUAGCCAACCCAUCGUUAAGAAGCGUCUCCCAAAGAAAAUCAGACAAGUCCCUGACUGUUAUUUUCUGCAUCGGCGGUCUUGGCCUUCUGCACUGGCAUUCUUUGGUGCUGUUUGUGCUGCUGGGGUUGGUGCAGGAAUGCAGCUUGAGGUUUGGAUAAACAAAAGGAUCAAAGAGGAUGGUGGUAUUAUCUGGGAGAUGGAUAAAUGAUGUGCAGCACACAUUGAUGCGACAUAAACCUGCCUUGUCAUUAUGGAGAUAGCUAACUCUGAAGAUUUCUGAUGCAAAUCAACACAGCCUUGUUUAUGUAUCUGGAUUUACCGUGCAUAAUACCAGUAUGGUGCUCCAAAUUUUUGAGCUUCAUUUAGCAAGCAAAAUCGAAGUAUCAGUCAGAACCGCAAUUCAUACAGAGUUGCCAUUUUUGUUAGGCAUAAUCAGUAAUGCACCUGUAAGCAUUAAUUUGAACGUCUCAUGUUUGUGGUUUGUCCAACGGUUGAUUGGUAUGUUGUGGUCGGAUUUGGUAAUCAAUGUAUCUGUCAUAAUGUGUCA